GCAGCGUCGUCAACUCAGCAAAUUUUGCUAUCGGCAUCAUUCUCGAUUGGUUCACGCUACGUAACAAAAGCGUUGGAGGGGUAGAUGUCUCGUCCAGUCAUGAGCUCAAUGUGGGUCAUUUCAGCUCAUGAAAGUGCUUAUCUGACGCGCGAGUGACUGUGUCGUCGAAAUUCGACCCUGCAAACGGGGUUUCGUCGUUAGUUCCGCAUCAAAGGACCGGACUGCCUGUUUGGGGGCGAUAGAACAUGGCCAUAAAGUAGUCAAGGCACAUCGGCGGCGACGACUUAAGAAAUUGAACGGCAUCCAAAAUCUCUCUUGGUAACAACAGAUCAAUCAUAGUAUCGCUAAAUUUGAUUCCUUCCAUCCAUGAUGGAGUUGCCGAAGACUCUUCCCGCAUCGUGGUACUGCAGUAAACCAUUAUAUCAGCUGGAGCGACGAGCAGUAUUCUUAAAGUCAUGGUAUCUUCUCGGCCCGCUCACAAGAUUUCAGAGCGAUGAGCAAGUAGUCGAGUACGAGUUUGCUGGAGUCAAGCUGCUGGUCAAGUCCACUACAAAGAGCAAUGAAGCGCCUCGGGUUGUCUACGCGGAGGAUGAACGGGAAGCCAGAAGCUACUUGACAGAGACGGGUUUGUUAUUCGCAGCAAUAUCAGAUGCGGCCCCGCCUUUUGAAGAAUACUUUCCGGAUGUUCUUCCACUGCUCAAACGCGUGGACUUUACCAAGCUUCCACACCGACGAAGUCUCAAAUACCAUGGCAAAUUCAACUGGAAGACCAUGGUGGAUGGCUAUCAGGAAUGCUUGCACUGCCAGUACACCCAUCCAAGCUUCAGUAUUUUCUAUCCGCCGACUUUCUAUGCUGUACACAACCACACCAACUUCUCGCAACACAUUGCGGAUCCCAAGAAACCAGAUGAUGGUCUUUUCCUAUAUUUUUUCCCCAACUGUACACUAAAUGUGUAUGGCGGUGGCAUGAGUAGUUUCAGGGUGUGCCCGACAGAUGAGCCUGGAAUGACGCGCAUGGAAUUCGAUUACUACCACUUGGAAACUGGCGAUAAAUUCGAGCAGUACUUCAAGUUUGUCCGGCAAGUUGCUCUGGAGGACUUUGAGUUGUGUGAGAAGGCGCAGGCAAAUCUAGAGAAGGGCAUCUAUCACGAGGGAAUCCUUAAUCCAGUAAAGGAAAAUGGCGUGGCCUUCUACCAACAGGAAGUGCUGAAAAGAGUGCUUCGUCAGUACGAAGAUGAAAAGCAGCUAGCAAAUGCAGACUCGAUGCCCAAAGACGUGUCGACAAAGAGUGAUUCAAUGGACGCAUCUGCUCCGGGACUUGUGGUCGAACCCGCAGAGGCUUGAGUAAUGGGAUAUGAUUGACAGGGUUUCGUGGCAGUAAUCAACUUGUCUUCGUCCGACCAAUCCAAAAUGCAUGUGAUCGUUAUUCCGAUAAGAUACUCAUUCUCUAUCGUGAUUUUUGAGUACUUCUUGGGUAAUGAACAACAAAGAAGCUCCAGGGCAAUACCCCUGGAAGAUAUUCUUUGUCUUAAUUGGUGGCGUACUUCUUCCGACGCUGGAUCACCGGGACGUGCAUGGGAAAUGUUGACCUCACUCCGCGAACUUUGUAGACUCAUGGAUGUGAAUUCCGUUUCGGGAAACAUGGUUGCACCUGUGACACUGAUAGUGCUAGCGCCGUUUAGCGGGGCGAAGACCUUGGACAUGAAGCUUCGACUCAUAAUAUGUUGAGUGUGACAUCCGCUCUAGCAUUGCUCUGUUCCCAAUUCCAUUUCAAUUCUAUUCCAUCGGCGCAAAGAACGGAG